AUGAUAGAUUUAAAUCCAGCUAAUUGGAAUAAAGAAAAUAUUUGUGAUUUACCUCUUUCUAAAUUUAUUAAUCCUUCAAUUAAUUCUUUAAUUAAUGAACAAUGUGAAGAAGUUGAAAGUAAAAAGUUUUUGAAAAUUAACAAAACAUCUGGCAAUAAUGAAUAUUUUGAAGAAGAGAGUUUUAAAGUUAAAAGAGGCCGUUUUGAAAUUGAAAAGAAAUUGGAGAAAAGUUGUGAAGAAAAUGAGAAUGUUGGUAGCGAGGAAGCAGAAGAAGACCAAUCUAUAAAUGAUGAGGCUGAAAAUUGGGAGAGCCUCUCUUUUUGGUGGUCACAACGCCAAAAUCUUCGGGAUCACAAAGCCAAAUUAGCCUCUUCAAGAUGUUUAUUUCCAAUUAAUGAAGAAAUAAAAAAACAACAAAAUUUGGAGUCUUCUUCGAAACAAGUUAAAGCACGUAUUGUCUUGGGGGAAUUAUUUUGUUAUGUUCUAUCGCCUUUUAAAAGUCAAGAAUAUUCGGAUGAGGAAGAAGAAAUUGAGGGAGAGGAAUUACCACAAAAACAACAGAAAAUUUGUUUAACUCCAAAUAAAGUUUAUUAA